AUGAGAGAAAUAGAAGCAGGUGGGAAAUGUGGGCGUGGCAUUCAUGGAGACGAUUCAUCACAUUCUGGCAUAUGUGUUUCCUUUGUCCUGUCUUUAACCAGUGACAAAUCACAGAACCUUAAGAGGCAUUUCAAUGCCCCCUCACACAUCAGGAGGAAGAUCACGUCUUCCCCACUGUCCAAAGAGCUCUGACAUGUGAGGUCCAUGCCCUUCUGCAAAGAUGACGAAGUCCAUGUGGUCCGUGGAGACUACAAAGGCCAGCAGAUUGGCAAAGUGGUGCAGGUCUACAGGAAGAAGUAUGUCAUCUACAUUGAGCGUGUGCAGAGAGAGAAGGCCAUAGGAACCACAGUCCAUGUCGGCAAGGUGGUUAUCACGAGGCUAAAGCUGGACAAGGACCGCAAGAAGAUCCUGGAGCACAACGCUUGCACCGAUGGAAAGGGGAAGGGCAAACACAAGGAGGAGACCAUUGAGAAGAUGCAGGAGUGA